AUGGCUUCUACCUUCCAUCCCUUUCCGCGCCUCCCAUUCGAGAUUCGCAGCCAAAUUUGGGCCUUGGCAGUGUACCCACGUCUCCUCCACGUCCGCAUAACUCCCAGGUCAGGCACGCUUGGGAACAGCUCCAGUCACUAUGCCUAUGCCUCCAUGAUUCCACAGGCGGAACUCAUGCAUGUCUGCCGAGAGUCUCGUCAACUCGCCCCCUACCGGAAAGCCUUCUUCACCACCUUGCCCGGUGACUCCGAGGCUCGGUACAUCUGGGUCAACUUUGACGAGGACAUGAUCAGCAUCCAAGACGAGAAGAUGGAACUUCUGGCCCCGCACGCGGCAGAUAUUCAGCGGCUGCGGUUCACGGUGCCAACGGGGAGUUAUGGUGAAUACUGGGCCGACACGUUUACCAGAUUUCCAGAUACGGAUUUCAAAGCGUUUACGGCUCUGCGGGAGCUACACUUUGCUAUAUCAGAGCUCUAUGCUCUCUGGGGAUAUACGAAUUGCUAUGGAACGUGUCGCCCGGAAAAUGUUAGAUAUGUUAAUGUCCAUACGGGAUUUAUGUUGACUGGGGCUCAGUUGGAGUUGGUGAAUGACUGGGCGUGGCGGAAGGGGGGCCUAGUAGAGGAUAUGGAUAACUUUGAUGAGGAGUUGCAGUGGAUGAUUGAAUAUGUUAUUACUUUUGUUGCUGAUUGCGCAGAGAUAGACUAA